CCGCCACAAAUGACGUCGGAUUGUCCCUCCAUCCCACCUGCCACGACACCUUGACGAACAACGGACAAAAGUGUCGAACGUGACCUGGGCAUCAAUAACCCAAGUUAAGAAGCUUAUCUCGAGAAAUAUACCGAGUAUCUACUGCGUCCCAACUAUCUCUAUUACCGUAACAACUACCAACAGUAACCCCGCCACUUACAAACGUCGUGAUGGCUUCCAAAGCUGGCCGCCCGCCCAAUUACUACUCGAUCCUCGAGAUCCCCGAAACCGCCUCCGCCUCCCAAAUCCGCGAUGCCUACAAACGCGCCGCCCUAAAAACCCACCCCGACCGCAUCCCCACCAACCACCCCGACCGCGCCGCCCGCACCGCCCAGUUCCAGCUCGUCAACGACGCCUACUACACGCUGUCCGACACCAGCCGCCGCCGCGAGUACGACGCCCAGCGGAAACUGUAUACCGGGGCCCGGCCGGGCUCUAGCACCGGUGCUGCUGGGCAGCCGGGGAGGGCGGGUGGUGGUGGUGGUGGUGGUGGUGGUGGUGGGAUGCCGGGGGGAUUUGAUUUUGGGGAGGAGGAGGAGGGGGUUGGUGGUGGGGAGGGUGGGAUUCCGUUUUCGUGGGCGUGGGAUUUCUUUACGGGCGGGCAGGGGCGGGGGCAGCAGGGGCAGGAGGAGCGGGCGCGGGCGGAGGACGCGCAGUUUGCGGACGUGUUUGAGGAGAUGCUGCGGGAGGAGGGCAUGGCGGGCCAGGAGGGCGGGGCCGCGGCCGGGGGGACGGGCACGUUCUGGGGUACCAUGGGUGGGCUGAGCGGCGCCGCGCUGGGGUUUAUCGUUGCGAAUGUGCCCGGGCUUGUGGCUGGUGCCGUGGCGGGGAAUCGGCUGGGCGCGGUGAGGGAUGCGAAGGGGAAGAGCGUGUACGCCGUGUUUCAGGAACUGCCGCAGACGGACCGCGCGAAGAUGCUUAGCCAGCUAGCAGCGAGGGUGUUGAGCCAUGCCGCUGGGAUUUGAUAGUAUUGGGGCCAAGAUGGUGCUGAGACGGGAGCGGGGCGUUGGGAUUUGGUGUUUCUUUGGUCGGAAUGGGAAUUAUGUGGACAAGACCGGGCAGAUAUAUACCCGAAUUGCAACUUGAAAAUGUGACCUUGGUGCCCUACUUAAUGUUCGGCACAAGAGAUGGUCAAAUACGCC